ACAGUGAUGUCGGAGCUCAGCGAUGAAGCUAGUGAGCCAGAACUCCUGAAUCGCAGCUUGUCCAUGUGGCAUGGGCUGGGUGCUCAGGUCAGCCGGGAAGAGCUGGCUGUCCCCUUGGAUCUUCACACAGCUGCUUCCAUCGGCCAGGAUGAAGUGGUGAAGGAAUGUGUGCAGCGGAGAGAGUUAGAUUUGAAUAAGAAGAAUGGUGGUGGCUGGACCCCGCUGAUGUAUGCCUCGUACAUCGGACACGAUACCAUCGUGCACCUGCUGCUCGAGGCGGGGGUGAGUGUGAACGUGCCGACCCCGGAAGGGCAGACUCCGCUGAUGCUGGCGUCUAGCUGUGGCAACGAGAGCAUUGCCUACUUUCUCCUCCAGCAAGGUGCCGAGCUGGAAAUGAAGGACAUUCAGGGCUGGACUGCUCUCUUCCACUGCACUAGCGCCGGGCACCAGCAGAUGGUCAAGUUCCUCUUGGACAGUGGAGCGAAUGCCAACGUGAGGGAGCCGGUAUAUGGAUUUACUCCUUUGAUGGAAGCAGCUGCCGCUGGCCAUGAAAUAAUUGUGCAGUAUUUUCUCAAUCAUGGAGUCAGAGUGGACACAAGAGACCACAGUGGAGCCACAGCCCGGAUGCUGGCCAAGCAGUAUGGACACAUGAAGAUCGUGCGGUUGAUAGACGCUCACUCGCCUUCUCUGCCCAAGAACCUCUAUCGGAGCCCAGACAAAUUUGAAGAUCUAAGCUCUUCAGAUGAAUCCUGCCCUGUUCCCCAGAGACAGAGGCCCUGUCGGAAGAAGGGCCUCAGCAUCCAUGAGGGGCCUCGAGCCUUGGCCAGGAUCACAGCCAUCGGACUUGGAGGCAAGAUGCAGCGGCCUUGCUGUGAGCAGGUGCCUCUGCCGGGCUACGUCACCUUCAACAGCAGUGAUGAGAACCCGCUGGAAGGGAGGGGCCUCUGCUACAGGGACGUCACCUCCCCGAUCAAUGAGCGGGAUGUGGAGAGCAGCAGCGGCAGCAGUCGGGAAGAGCACGCCUUCGGCGCCAACCUGGGGGUCGGGAGGUGCAGCAGCAGCAGCGAGGGCCUGACAAGAGCCCUGGGAGUCAGCAGUGAGGCCUCUCUGGAGAGCAACGAGGAUUCGGAUCAUGCCUGUAAAAGUUCGGUUCGCAAGCAAACUAAAAGUUAUAUGAAGACCAAGAAUCGUUACAGUAACAGCGAGAGCCAGUGGCCUCCCGGCACCGGGCCUUCGGGGGCAGCCUCUUCCCCGGGAUCGAUGCCCCAGACCGAGAGGUCCCGCCAUUCAGGACCUCAGGACCUCGCCACGCUGCUGGAGCAGAUUGGGUGUCUAAAGUACCUGCAGGUGUUCGAGGAGCAGGACGUGGACCUCCGCAUCUUCCUGACCCUCACUGAGAGCGACCUGAAGGAAAUUGGCAUCACGCUGUUUGGGCCGAAGAGGAAGAUGACCUCGGCCAUUGCUCGAUGGCACAGCGGCGCCCGUCCCCCCAGCGAUGCCCUGGAGCUGGCCUAUGCUGACCGGCUCGAAGCCGAGAUGCAGGAGCUCGCCAUCCAGCUGCACAAACGCUGUGAGGAGGUGGAGGCCAUGCGAGGCCAGGUGUCGCAAGAGCAGGGACUGCGCGCCGUGCUGGAGAGCUGCCUCCUGGAGCAGGAUGGCGCCCAGAAGGACGUGCACGCCCAGCUGCAGGAGACCUGGGCCCUCGCCCGGGAUGCCGCUCUCAUCCUGGACCAGCUGCGAGCCUGUCAAGCCGAGCUGUCAGCCAGAGUGAAGCAGGAGGUGUCCAUCCGAGGGUCCCCCCUGGGCACAGCCCUCCCCACAGCUGACUCCAACGGCUGGCCAGCCUCCCUGCAGGCCCUGAGCCUCCCUGAGCUGUCAGGAGUAUUGGAGGAUCGAGUCCAGGAAAUGGAAUCCGACGUUGGGUGACUGAUCCACCCUGAAGCUGUGUGCCUGGAAGACAGGAGCGCGGACAGCAAGCGGCUGCAGCGGGCCGGAGGAUCAGGCCCCCGGAGCAGCAAGCAGGAUAGGGCUGGGGCGAGGAGGGAGGCCCACACCAAGGCAGGACGAGGGCCUCUAGGCCAGAAGCCCGGGGGUGAGGCCCAGAGCGGGCAGGGCCACGGGGAGAGAGCGGGUCCCCGUACACCGCAGGUGCCACACGGAGAGGACUGGGCACUUGGGCAGCGUAUGUCAUUGGCUGGAAAAUAAAAUGUAAGCUCUGCUGGUGAGGGGCUCCGUUCUGAUCCCGCCACCUGUAGUGCUGGCUGACAAACCAAAGCCGGGCAAGGCAGGCCGACACCACCGUGUGCAGAGCAGGGCAGACCGCCUGACCCCCUCCUGCUCUGCCAUCCCCUGCAUCGAGGGCUGCCUUUGCCCCGAGCCCCAUGGAGUCUACAGAAGCAAUCUGAAGAGUGACGCACACCCC